AUGGUCAUGAGAGAUGGCCGGUCCUCUCCCACGUCAAGGUCACCCGUCGUCCCUAUUGUUGACGGAUGCAGCGAUGUCGACGACGCACCCCGGAAACCAUCGCACAUCGAUGUCCCCAAGUCUACAGUAACCACCGAAGUCGCCCUCGCCGCCCUUUCGACCCUUCCCACUCCACUCCUUGUUCUCUCCUCUCUCAAAACUGUUCUGCUUGCCAAUUCGGCUGUGGGGAGAUUGUUUGGAGUCAAUCAAGAUGAAGACCAGGUGUCAGCGACGGAACUGCUAAGAGGCCAGGCGCUUUCCCAGAUUGGCGUUGAUAUGGUCUCGGAAGGUGUGCCUAUCUGGGUGGACUGGGACAAAUUCCUCGACAAUCUUGCAGAUGGUCUGCAACCAGACCGGAAUCGCACCUCCCCAGGAACUGAACAUGUGACCGAGACAGCAAGUGGUGAGACCACGCCGACAAGCUCAACAUACUCGACCGGGGAUUCCUCACCAUUGCGAAACAGGGCACAGAAAUGUGCGGACACGGUGGUCGACGUCGUUAUCUCGUCCAACCACACGACUUCCCGGCAACAGAACCUGACUGAGAGGCAGAGGAACCCCCGAGGCGGGCGUGUCCAAGCAACAUGCCGAAUGAUCAUCAGUAUCUGGAUGCUGGAUGGACAGCGCUUCUUCACAUUGACCUUCACCAGUUCAUCGCCACGCCCCUCCUCCAAGCAUCACCCGCACCAGCAAGCAGCACAUCGUAACCCUUCUUCAAACUCUACCCGCUCAUCCCGUUCGUCUCGUUCAUAUACUCCUGCUUCUUCGGCUGCUACGUCGGCGGUUGUCACGCCCCGCGAAAAUGCAAACCCAGCUGCAUUCCCACCUACCCGUGCGCCUGGUAGCUGUGUGGCUUCACCCACAAUGACGGACCUCCAUAAGGUGGUCAAGAUGAAGGAGGCGAUGUUGAGCGCGAUUGAGAUCCCUCUAAUCGCCAUGUGGAGGGACGAAAGCGUGGUUUACCCCAAUCUGGCAGCUCGCCGGCUCUUAGCUGUUGACACCGACCCAAUGUCCGGAGAGUCUUACGACUUUAUAUCCAGGUUCCGUCCUUGGUCGACAGAUUUCUCCCGUGAGCUUGAAGAAAUCGACAAUCCCAUCAUCGCUCUUUGCCGCAAUCAACAGGCCUUUACUAGCUGGCAGAUUGGUAUGGUAAAUGACCUCACUGGACAGAAAUCCAUAUUCGAUGUCAGCGGUCAUCCCGUCUUCGACGAGAGAUCUGGCGAGUUCCUCGCAGGUAUGAUCGCCUUUAAAGAUGUCACUUUGUAUACCGACAAGAUUGCCCUGCAAAUUGCUGAAAAGGAGGAGCAAUUCCGUUUGAUCUGUGAUAUGAUGCCGCAGAUGUGUUGGACAACCUCUCCUGAGGGCAAGAUUGACUACUUUUCUAAGAGGUGGUAUGAGUACACCGGACUCACCACUGCCCAGUCCCUGGGACAUGGCUGGAAAUUACCUUUUCACGAGGAAGAUAUGCCCGACACCCUGCGCAAAUGGAAGCACUCCCUGGAGACCGGAGAUGAAUACAAGACUCAGUACCGGUGCAGGAGGUACGAUGGCGAAUGGCGGUGGAUGCUGGGCCGUGCCCUACCGUUGCGAGAUGCGAGAUCAGGGAAGAUAUUGAAAUGGUUCGGAAGCUGCACUGAUAUUCAAGAUGUGGUUGACGCAAAGCUCGCGGGCCACAGAGACCGCCAGAACCUCAAAGACUUAUUGAAACACUCUCAUAUGACCUUGUGGAUUGUUGACCGACAAGAGAACGUCACGUUCUUCGAGGGCACCUUUCUCGCAGAGGAUCAACUUCACGAGAACGCGAUUGGAAAGUCCAUUUACGACCUGCUGGCAAAACACCUUAAUCCAGAUUGUGUGGACUGUUUCCGUGACGCCGUCAAGCGUACUCUCAGUGGCGAAUCUGAUCUAGAAGUGUGUGAGAACGAGGUCAAUUCACGGUGGUUUCGUUCCAAAAUGGUUCCUCUCAAGGGUAAGCGUGGGCCGAAUGGCGUGGAAGACGAGCACUACAUUGGCGGUGUUAUUGGAAUCGCCACCGAAGUCACACAACUACGACAUAAGGAGCAAGAAAACAUCCAGCUACUGGCAAAUGAACGAGCAGCCAAAGAGGCGAGUAAGAUGAAGAGCAAUUUUCUGGCCAACAUGUCCCACGAAAUCCGGACACCCAUCGCAGGUGUACUCGGUAUGUCCGACUUGCUCAUGGAUACGGCGUUGGACGAGGAACAGAGUGAGUUUGCUCAGAACAUCCAACGGUCCGCCAAUUCUCUCUUGACGGUAAUCAACGAUAUUCUCGAUUUCUCCAAGAUCGAAUCAGGUCGGCUCGACAUUGAGGAGGUUCAGUUCAGCCUCAAUGUUGUCCUUGAAGAUGUAUCCAAAAUGCUCUUAUAUGCAGCCCAGCGGAAAGGCCUGGAAUUCUGCAGCGACAUUCGGCUUGGGUCUUCGCCCGAUCUCGCUUUGCUCGGAGACCCCGGCCGUAUUCGGCAGAUUCUCACAAAUCUGUUGACGAACAGCAUCAAGUUUACAUCUGACGGAUAUGUCAAAUUGGGCGCUUGCAUAACCAGCGAAACCUCUGAUAGCAUCACUGUUGAGUUCUCCGUUGAGGACAGCGGCAUCGGUAUCGAAGAGGAGGUCAAGAAGCGGCUGUUCAGCCCCUUCAGUCAAGCAGACUCCAGCACAGCGAGACGAUUUGGCGGCACUGGCUUGGGCUUGACAAUCUGCAAAAAUCUUGUUGCUUUGAUGCACGGGACUAUCAGCCUCGAAUCAAAGCUGGACGCCGGUACCAAGGCUACUUUCGUCAUUCCCUUCAAGAAGCCUGAAUAUCAGAACACUGCCUCCCCGACCCUUCUAGAUGUGGGGAUGAUGCCCGACAGACUGCAGUCCGAACUGUCUCUUUCCAUGGGUACUUCCUCGAAAGAGGUGAAACGGAGGUCCCAGAGGCUCUCUCCACCUAUCAAGCUGCCCAGUCCUCCGAGCGUGACGGGAGGCAGUUCCCCAGCUCUGGUGCCGUCCUCCGCCACUGAAACAUCCAUGUCUGAUGUACAGCGAGGCCAAUACCAUAUUCUUGUCGUUGAAGACAACCCGGUCAAUCAACAAAUCGCUCUCAGGUUCAUUAAAGCCCUGGGAUUCUCCGCCAGUGCCGUCUGGAACGGGAAGGAGGCACUAGAGUACCUUCUGAAAGCCACCUCUUCAGACAUGACCUCUGAACAAGCUCAGGCGUAUCCGAUGCCCUCCUUGAUCCUGAUGGAUGUGCAAAUGCCUGUCCUGGACGGGUACCGCACCACUCAUAUGAUGAGAUACCAUGCACCCUUCACAAGCAUCCCGGUUAUUUCGAGGAUUCCGGUUGUGGCAAUGACUGCUUCUGCCAUUCAUGGCGAUCGGGAAAAAUGCGAAAAGGCCGGAAUGGACGACUACAUGGCGAAGCCGGUGAAGAGAACGCUGCUUGAACAAAAGAUCAUGAAGUGGAUCUAUACGGGUCGGGAUAGCAAUGCGAGCGACGAGAAGGCGGAAACGACCGCGGGUCCGUCGAUACGGUCUACCACCCGAGCUUGCACCGACAAUUCCUCGACUUGUACAGAGCAUGACGCAAUCAUGUCCGCCCUUUUCAAGCUCGAGUCCGAACAACAAAUCCAAGAUGUCUCCAAUGCCCCAAGUAGGGCUGCUGAGCCAGGAACCGGCUUUGCCGCCCGUCGUUCGAAUCUGUCACGGAAGAUCCUUGAUACAGAAAUUCCAGGCGCAGAGACGGAAGCCGAUCGGGCAAUGCGGCGGUCACAGGCAGAAGACAAAGCAAGAGAUCUCCGCAAUGCCAAGCUGAUGUCUGCCACAGUUGCGGAUCGUGCUGCGCGAAGUCACAUUGCCCCAGCAGUUGUUGUAGGUGACAAUUACCUGCUCGAGGCUCCGAUUACGCGGGAAGGUGGCGCCUACCGUGGGGACACGUCGGAAGGAAAGAGUCCUUCCAGAAUGGCAUUGACAGAGGCCAACGUCUCCCUGCUCAAUUACAGUCAGGACACGGACCAUUGGGUGUUACGCACGCGCUCUAGAAGUGGCGAGACUGACGACCCGAACAUCGGCGACAUCCCUGGACCUCCGCCAGAAGGGGUCCUCGCGGUGGAUGAUCCUGAUGAGGUUGGCGCCCAUGCGGAAGCACUUGUCCAAGUGCUUUUGCAGCAAGCACAUCAUCAGAACGAGACUCCUGUUGCUCCGAAACAUCCUGACGAUGAUACUGACAGAUCACCGCGGACUAGCCGUCAAGAGAUAGGCGGCCUGAGGCGAGACCACCGAAAAAGCAGCGACUGGAGCACGACCACCGCGAAGAGGCUCAAUCCAGAAUGA